AUGAGCAAACUCACGGAUGCACAACGCACGCAGAUCUUCUGGGCUGCAACGGUCAUUGCUGUAGCUGUAUCUCUACUUCAAGGCGCUAUUACAACUCUCGUCGAAAUUUGCGAGACAGAAGGUUUAUGGACAAUCAGAUUCAGUUUGGGCAGAAGGGAACAUCUCUGGUGGUCAGCCAUAGCCAUCGCUCUCGUCGCUUCCUUUGGCUGUAUGGUCUUAUCUUUCCUUGCCGGCAAUAACAACGAUUCACUCGGAAUCAUAUUGCUAGCCAGCGCAUCAUCUCUCGCCGUAUUCCGCUAUGCAUGGCCUGCAUGGCGUAAUCGACACUAUUGCUCUAAUCGAUGGGCAGCAUGGACUGGCCCGAGCCGCACAGGAAUUGACGUGACUCUAGUCCCCUUCAUUAAAGGCAACGAUCCAUGGCCAAUCCUUAACAUCCUCAAGGCCAGGAAGCGUCUCAUGGAUACCGUAACAGGACAAUCCGAAAAGCAGCCAGACGACAAAUCAGGGAUACCCCUUGUUCCAGACGACAAGACAGGUCUCUAUGCCCCCAUCCACUCCAAUAAAUCUGCUUCCCUCCUUUGGGGCACCCACAUUGGGUUCUCUCCCCGUGUCAGCCGCGGCAUCCUUGCAGUCCCCCAACGCCUCCUCCGAUCUUCCCCCCUCACAUCCUCAGGGCAUGACGGCCAACCCGUCUGCCUCGCGCACGGUAUCCUAGGGCGCAACAAAGGCCUCGAGCCGUACAGCUUCAUCCUCGAUCUCAACCCUGGCAAAUUUGAAGAAAAAUGCGUCCAAUGGCCACGUCCGAGCAAAGUCCUGCGCACGUACUACCGAGAGGAGAUGAACGCAGCCUAUGGAGGCCUAGGGUCUGUAUUUGUAGAUGCAGCGACAGAACUUGCGCUCCUGCUGGCCGAUUCAAGCCAUAGUCUCAUCGAAGACUGGCUUAGCUUACACAUGGAACAUCAGGACCACGCACUGAAUAACCAACUCGCGCGUCUUGGUGCGAGUGAUGAGGAGCUUAAAGUGUUGUAUCGUCUUUCGUACGCCGCGAUGUUGGUCAGUUUGAGCGCGCACAGGAAGGGGAGAAAGUGGAGGCCUGAAAUGAAGCUUUUCAUGGCGUAUUGGAAAAAGUAUAAAGGGGAGGAGAUGCCGGCGUGGAUGGGUGAAGCUGCGAUUGCAGAGAGAAUUUGGAAGGAGGAGAAUGGGGCAGGUGAUACGGAUCUGGAUGCGUUGAUCGAGGCUGUUUUAUAUAAGAUUGAUUCACCACGUUCUGUAUGA